GGGCGGGUCCUGGAGCUCUGCGGAAGCCGCCGGGGCGCGGCUCUUGUCCAGGCUCCUGCGACCUCGCCGCGUUCACGGCUUCCGGCGGGCGAGCGCCCCGCUGCUUCCUACGCUGCGGUUUGGACCGCUGGAGCCCCGUGCCUCCACAGCGGGAACGCAGCGCAGAGAAGGAGGUGACUGCAGGACUCUUUGGAGGAAGACACAGCCUUCAUUCAUGUUCUAAGACAAUUGCCACUUGGAACCAUGGAUCCUGCAGUGUUAAUGGAAGCCAUUGUGGAAGAAGUGAACUGUCCUAUCUGUAUGACCUUCCUCAGGGAGCCUGUGAGCAUCAACUGUGGGCACACUUUCUGCCACAGCUGUCUCUCUGGACUCUGGAAGCUCCCGGGAGAGUCCCAGAACUUGAGCUACACUUGUCCUCUUUGUCGAGCUCCCACGCAGCCAAGGAAACUCCGUCCCAAUUGGCAGCUGGCCAGUGUUGUAGAUAAGAUCCGUCUGCUAGGCUUCUAUGUGGAAAUGGGACUAAAGACUGAUGUGUGUGAUCUCCACAAGGAACAGCUAACCAUGUUCUGCAAAGAAGAUGAUGUGGUAACCUGUGAAACCUGUAGCCAGUCCCCAGAGCAUGAAGCCCACAGUGUUGUAUCCAUAAAGGAUGUGGCCUGGGAAUAUAAGUGGAAACUCCAGCAGGCUCUGGAACAUCUGAGGAAAGAACAGGAAGAAGCCAGGAAACUGGAAGUCAGUGAGAAGGAACAGGCUGCCAUCUGGAAGACACAGAUGGAAACACGAAAGCAGAGCAUCCUAUGGGAGUUUGAAAAAUAUCAGCAGUUAUUAAAGGAAAAAGAGCUGUCGUGCCAGCAGGCAGAAGUGGAGGCAGCUGCAGUUCAGGCUAGCCUCGAGCAGGAGAAGGGAGAGACAGCAAGCAAACUGGAGCUGAGGCAUGAGAAGAUCAUCCAGCAGAACCAGGUCCUGUGGAGGAUGAUUGUGGAGCUGGAAGAGAGAUCCCAGAGACCUGUGCGCUGGAUGCUGCAGGGUAUUCAGGAAGCCUUAAACAGGAGCCAGUCUUGGAGCCUGCAGCAGCUAGAACCAAUCUCCUUGGAGCUGAAGACAGAUUGCCGUGUGCUAGGACUAAGAGAGACCCUGAAGACAUUUGCAGUUGAUGUGCACCUAGAUCCAGACACAGCUUACUCCCGCCUUGUCAUUUCCAAGGACAGGAAAAGUGUGCACUAUGGAGUCACCGAGCAGAACCUGCCUGACAAUCCUGAGAGAUUUUGCCGCUAUAACAUUGUCUUGGGCAGCCAAUGCAUCUCCUCUGGUCGGCACUACUGGGAGGUAGAGGUUGGAGACAGAUCUGAAUGGGGCCUCGGAGUGUGUGUGGAAAAUAUCGACCGGAAGGAGGUGGUCUACUUAUCCCCUCAUUAUGGCUUCUGGGUGAUAAGGCUGAGGAAAGGGACAGAGUACCGUGCAGGCACAGAUGAAUAUCCGCUCCUGCCCUUGUCAGUUCCUCCACACCGGGUAGGAAUCUUCCUAGACUAUGAAGCCCAUGACAUCUCCUUCUACAAUGUGACUGAUGGUGGCUCCCACAUUUUCACUUUCCCCCGCUAUCCCUUCCCAGGCCAUCUCCUCCCCUAUUUCAGUCCUUGCUACAGCAUUGGCACUAACAACACCACUCCGCUCACCAUUUGUACCCUGGAUGGAGAAGGCUAGGAGGGCCAUCCUAACUUAAUGUUGCCAUUUGGCUUCGUACACAUCACUAUUGGAGGAUGUUUCCAUUGAUACGCAUAUCCCUGAACCCAGCUUAAAACCCAAGGGCCCCUCUGUAUGACCUCAUGGUAUCUUGCUAUUAGAACAAACUGUCAGUGUGCCUCCCAGAAAAACAGUCUCAGUCAGAUAAGCAUUGUGAUCCAUGCUGGAAACAUGACAGGGGUGAUAGACUUUGUCCCUUUUGAAGAUCACAGCCCUCCUCCCUGGUUCCAUAAUUAAGUGGGAGCCAGUGACUAAGUAAGUGCAGACUCCAGAAAAGCUUUAAGUAAGGUUUUCCAAUGAGAUGAAGUAAUAAUGUACAUGCCCAGAGCUUAUUGUUGUGGUGAAACCAGGUAAAGGAUACUUCGUGUGAGGCUUGCUGCUACCAAACAAACCCUUACCUCCAGGCUAGAGAAACACAGUUUGUGCUUUUCCAGCACAGAAUGAAGAACUCACCAGGAUAAUCCCCGUAUCUCCUUCCUGAGCAUGAGAGUGGAUCUGCGUCCUGGGCCUGUCUUUUCUGUAAUGGGCAGACAGGAUCAGAAACCUUAGAGGCCUUAGUUUUUAUUUUUACUGUAUGUAUAAAGAAAUUGAAGCAGCCUUGUUUCCUACAGAGCUUUGGGAGGUAAGAUUUUAAAGAUUGUAAAAUGAUUUUCACAUUAAAAUGAAACAAAGUUGACAAACUCAAUUCACA